CACUGGAACGUGGACACCUGGUGGACACAGUGCAUGGAUAUUUUGCUUAUAAAAUAUUUAGACGUACAGUUAUUUUUAAAACGUAAACAGUACUGGCGGUUAAAAAAAACAUAUCGUCGUAAUAGAUUUGUUGUAUACUUUUUUUUAGCAUUCAUAAUUUUACCGCAUGUGUCAGGAUAAAUUCGAUUUUUAUUUAGUUAGUUAAAUUACAAAGUGGCCAUCAAAGCGUAUCUCGUAGUAACGUUGUUAUUGUUUACGUUGUCAGAAGCGUCGGUUGUUUUUCACUAUAAUGCGACAUUCCCUGGGGAAGGAAAGUUCAAUGCUGCUGCACGCUGGUUUAUGACACUGCAGCUAUCUUUCUUUCUCUUUCUCGGUUACACUUCCUUACGUAAACGAGCGCCAACCUGCCCCCGAAACCACCUGGUGCGUUAGCUGCCAAACACCGGCAUUAAACGCUUUGGCAUUUAGAUUAGAUUUCAGGCGACAGAUGUCACAGCGUCAUGGAGGCACGCAGUAAUGCCGCAUUGUGUCCUGCUGCUCUCUUCUUACACUGCGUUAAAGCUUUAUAGUCGAAAUGCGUCGAAAAGUUUUGUUCUGUUACUAAUGUGACAACCUGCUGGAUUGUUACUUCAAAUAUUCUUGAAAUGUCCAAGACGCGAGAGGUGCUCCUUGUAGGGGAAGGCAACUUCUCUUUCUCGGCGGCUUUAAGCGAGACCGCGGGCGAUGAUGUCGGAGUGACCGCCACAUGCUUUCAAAGCGAGAACGAAACAUACCGACAGGAGGGAGUCGAGUUAAAUGUACAGAGACUUCGCGAGAGAGGAUCAGUUGUUCUGUUUGAAGUGGAUUGCACAUGUCUGAAGGAGCACGAAGCCCUCCAGCAUCAUCUUUUUGACUGCGUUAUCUUUAAUUUCCCUCACUGUGGGCGUAAAAGUGGUGUAAAGAAGAACCGCGUCCUGUUGAUGAAAUUUUUCCUAAGCGCUGUUGCAGUGCUGAAGGACAAUGGGGAAGUGCACGUCACCUUGUGCAACGGGCAAGGAGGCACUCCAUGUGACAGUCCAAUGAGAGAAUGGCACAAUAGUUGGCAGGUGGUUGCCAUGGCAGCCGAAGCAGGGCUAAUUCUAAGUGAAAUCCGUCCCUUUGAAUAUGAAAUGUAUCAAGGUUACAGAUGUACUGGUUACAGGAGUCAAGACAAAGGUUUUCAUGUUGAGGGAGCUCUGACUCACAUCUUCACUCCGAGUCUCCCGCAUACUGUGCCAGAAAAACUGAAAAUGGAGAAAACGCUUGGGAAGGAGACUGUUUGUUUUGAGCUUCCAGCGGAGUUAAGUAAUUAUAUUAAUAGGAACUUCCUUGGCCAGCAGUCACAUCACCCAGUUAAAACCGUCCAAGAACAGUUACAUAGAGAGCUAAAGUCAAUCUGGCCUGUGUGCACUAUAAAUGAAGACUUCCCAGAACUGGUGAACUGCUUACCAGAAACGCUUGAGGCGUGCCAUCCCACACUGACACAUUCUGAAGUCUACUGGAUUAAACCUACCGACACUUAUGUAUUCGACCAAAGUGAAACUAAACAAAAUGACUACGAGUCUACGGAUGACCAACAAAGCUUUACAGGCAGCUAUGCACUACGACCAUCUCUGUUGCUGCAUGUUCAGGAGAUCACGCAGAAUGAGGACUUCAGCCCUGGUACACUUUACGCAGUCAGUGGUCUGGUCUUUCAGAGAGUGCCCAUUUGCCCGAUUCGUUCUCCUGCGUUCCACCAGCUUCUACUGGUGGGAAUGUUCCCUGUAGAGUCCCAUCCUCUCCAGUGCUUCCAAGAUUGUUUGGAGUCGCUGCUCAUUCCUUACGAUGUCUCCUUUGAGGAGGUGCAAACAGGCUUAGAGCAGCAAGUGUGGAUCAAUUCCAAGAUGCUUCCCAAGUUUGGGCGGAUCACAUAUUUAUCCUCCAUUUCAUCAGCUGUCGAUGAAGGAUUGCAGUUAGUUGCUGUCUCUGUAAACUUGGAUCAUUUAGCUACCUUGAUUUUUGGUAUAUCUGACUGGCGCUUGCUUUGGAGUGCAGAUCCCCGCUUUCUUAAGCAUUUUGAGCCCAGUCCACUCGGACUGUUCAGUCCUUUUUCCCUUUACCCACCAAGUUAUUUGCACGAUAUCAGUUUCUGGAUGGACCCAGAAAACUAUGAUGAGCUGGACUUUCAUGCAAUAGUGCGAGAAGCUUCUUGUGGUGUGGUUAAAAAUGUGGCAUUAGUAGAUCGCUUCAGACACCCACACAUGGGUCAUGCAAGCCUUUGCUACAGGCUGACUUAUCAGUCGUCAGAUCGUGCACUUUCAAACAGCCAGGUCUUAGGACUACAGAAUCAGCUACGAAGACUGUUAGCCUUGCGUAUGCAGGUCACCCUGAGGUAAAUCAAUGGAUAAAACAGAAUUUGUAAUCUCAGAUUUACAUUUUUAAGAAUGAGCUUCAUAGACUUGAACAUUGAGCCUUCGUAUUAUGGCUGAUGUGAUCUACAUUUAAAAGUGAAAUGGUAAAUUUCUGCAAAUAUAAUGGAUAUUAUUCUUGUUUAUUUAAAGGCAAACAUUUUAUUUGGUUUUUACAAGUCCCCUAGAGUUAAACGGUUGAGUUUUACCAUUUUUUUAAAUCUAUACGGCUGAUCUUUUUAGCUUAGCUUAGCAUAAAUGAUUGAAUCGGAUUAGACCAUUAGCAAAAAAAAGACUUUCAAUAAUUUUCCUAUUUAAAGCUUGACUUUUUUGUAGUCACAUCAUGUACUAAUUAUCGUUUUUUAUUGAGCGAGAUGCUAAUGGUCUACUCUGAUUCAAUGAUUUAAGCUAAUCUAAAGGUGCUGAAUUAAUUUAAAAUCAGUAAAACUUACAAAUAUUACUGUAGGGGAGUGGUAAAAUGAGUGUUCCUUUAAAGAUGACAUAUCAAAGGGAUAGAUUUUUGCUGUGUUUGAAAUCUAAUCUCAUGUUUACAUAUUUAAAAGUUUUACAUUUUAAUUAUUGUUGGUAUAAUCAGAUAUUUAUGAAAUGUUUACAGAUUUCAGUAGUACUGUGUAACUUUCCUUUAUUGAUAAGUACUUUACAAUAAGGAAGAAAUAGAGGUGAACUCUUACAACUUGUAUACUCUCCCAAUAUUAAUUGGUUAUGCAUCUCUUACUAUUAAGGAACUUAGAGACACAUUUAUUGAUGCACUGCAUAUUUAGUCUGA